ACUUAAUCAGGAAACAUCUGCGCUACGAACAUUUGAACUAUUUUCUCCCCGCAGAUGAAAGGAGCGCCGGAUAAGCUACGUGAACCAACCAGUCGGCCAUCAAAUCCUGCGCGACAUCCACGUGAACAGGAAUGUGAGCAAUGACAGGACGGACACGUGUCAUGCUUUGAAUUCUCCAGCAGAAACAUGGACGUCGGCAUCGCUACUUUGGUCGGCCAGUUCAAGGCGCACGCGGGCAACGACGGAUCCGCCAACACCCUCAGCAGAGACGAGUUCCACAACCUGCUCGCUCAGCUGCCCAACUAUGUGAAGGACGCCGGCGAGCCAGACUUAGUAGACCGCCUCAUGUCCUCGCUGGACGAGAACGACGACGGCGAGCUGACCUUCGAGUUCUGGCGGAAGCAGGGCGGCUUCAGUCAGUCGUAGACCUUGUCCGUCAGUGUCACAUGUGUAAGGCUUUAUUUAGUUAACCAUUUGCUGAUUGCAGGCCAGCGCUAAAUUAAAGGCCUGAUUGUCUGGGAGCCUCCUGUCAUUCAUUGACUGGCCACAUUGGAGCGGGGAUGUAUUACAGCCUUGAUUUAGGAGAACUGCUGUAAUCCUAGAUGCACUACUGCUCCCACAACACACCCUAUCUUGUUGCACGCAGCGUCACAAUGCGGCCUGGCCAAGCGUUAAGAUGCUGCCGAGGCAGGUAAUGUCAUACCUGCCAGCGCCCUCGCUAAAAAUAUCCUCCAUGAUGCCUUUUAUGUCUCCAACUCUGAUUCAGUCUUCUGGGGAGGAGAUAGGAGCUCAGAACAACACGACCUUUGUAGCCAAUUGGCAGAUAGGCUGUGUUUUACUGUCCAACGUAAUCCCGCUUACAUUUAAAGUACGUUUAGACGUCGUUCUAAAUAAAGUCGCUCGUGCUGGCCCGCUGCCACGCUUCCCACAAGUACGCCAUUGUGCUGUUACGACGGGUGACCAAAGUCCGGCCCAGGGGCCGCAUGCAGCCCACAGAUGGAUUUACUUUUUUUAAUUGUCUCGACACAUAUUCUAAAAGUACAAUAAACGACGGCCACACUCAGAAAAUAAUGGAAAAAAGGUGUAAAAUAAAAAAAUGUACAUAUGUAAAUUUCAUGAAAAAAUGCCUGUCAAAAAUAUAAGCUUUACGACUAAGAUUAUGACUUCUUUCUUGACAAAAAAAAAUCCACUACUUUUUUCUGAAAUAUAUAAUGUAUAUAAAAAUCUACAGCCAUUUUCUGUAAAAUAUCCAAACUCACACGACACAACU